AUGGGUUGCAUAUUUGCUCACAUCAUUAAGCGUCGACCUCUCUUCAAUGAUAUAGACACGCAUAGGGUAUUGGCUGAGAUAUUUUGUUUGUUUGGUAUGCCAAUUGAAGAAACUUGGUUGUGUGACCUAGCUGAAGAGUUCCCAACACUCGGACCUGCUGGUCUUCAUCUUCUUUCGCUGAUAUGGUUUCAUUCCUUAUCAAGUGUGGUGACUGGAAUACUGGUGGUGGUUGUCAUUCGAACCGACAUGCAUUUCAGUACCGUCGCUAAUGUCUUGCCACAACACAAAUGUCCGCACGCAGGAAAGACAACCAUGUAUCUAUUUACUAUAUCGGUCCAAAGUGUACAUCCUCUAUGCAGCGGCAAGACUGUAGUCAUUGGUGCCUCCCUGGAAGUAGAUCCUUAUGCACCUGAAGAAGACGAAGACAAUGACGUUGAAGACGGUGAUGAAGAUCAAGACGAGGCUGAACUUCUGUGA